AUGCCCCGCGGACUGCAGUCCAUCAUUCCUCUCCUAGUUCUCCCUAUCCUCCUCCCCUUCUCCCAUGCCUGGGGAGAAGAUGGGCACCGCAUCGUCUGCAGGAUAGCACAGGUCCUCUCUCUCUCUCCCUCUCUCUCUCUCUCUCUACUUUCCCUGUGUAACGCGUGUUUUGUCGCAGGGGCGCCUGAGAGAAGAGCCAAGAGAGGUGCUGGAGGAGCUACUGCCGGACUUCGCCCACAACGAUCUCGGCAACGUCUGCUCCUGGCCCGACCGAGCCAGGUAUUGGCUCCCAUGGUCCACCGCACUGCACUACGUCAACACCCCGGACCUCAUCUGCGGCUACGACUACGACAGUAAACUACACAAUUAUCAUUUUCUCUCUCUAGAAAGUGAUGGGUCUGCUCAAGAAGAUAACUUCCAACCAUUCUCCCAUUCUCUGGCGUAGGGGACUGCCGGGAUGCCGCGGGGACGGGGGAGAAGGGCAUGUGCGUGUCGGGAGCAGUCAAGAACUACACCGACCAGCUCCUCCGACACCGGGGGCCGCCUCUCGCCGACGGGGACUGUAAUCUCUCUCUCUCUCUCUCUCUCUCUCUCUCGCUCGCUCUCGCUCUAACAGUCUCUGGUCUUUCUUCCGGCAGAUAACCUCACGCAGUCUCUGCUCUUCCUGUCCCACUUCAUGGCGGACAUCCACCAGGUAUGAAACCCUGUUUCCUCCCCUCCCCGGCAUCGUUUCAAGCUUCUUGCAGAGCUAUAUAUCGCUAAGGUUGACCUUGGUACUGCAGCCGCUCCAUGCUGGGUUCUCCUCCGAUAAGGGAGGCAGCACCAUCGAGGUCCACUGGUUUUCGAAGAAAUCCAACCUCCAUAGCGUGAGUUAUUCUCUCUCCUCGAGCUUCCUUAAGGCCGAGUUGAAGAAGUUGACGAAGUCCUUCAGGCGCUUCCACAGGUGUGGGACGAAGGGAUCAUUGAGACUGCCAAGCAGAGGUUCUACAACAACAGCGUGGAGGCCAUGAUCCAGGACAUCGACAGGAACAUCACCGUAAACCCUAACGCUAAAACCCUGAAGGUUCAAUGGGUUCACUAUCUUAGAUUUGCGUUCCUCUCUUCUCAUCCCCCGUGAAUUCAACAGGGAGUGUGGGCAGACCAGGUGCCAGCGUGGUUGGGCUGCAGCUCUGAGGACACAUGCCCUGACGUGUUCGUUCCAAUCCUCUCUCUCUCUCUCUCGGCCCUGAUCAUCUUCAUGAAAUUGCCAGAAAUGGAAACUAAGCACGGGUGAUGUUCUCGUUCAGAGAUGCCGCCGAGAGCGUACGAGUAGCCUGCGACUGGGCUUACAGGAACGCGACCAACGGGACAGCUCUCGGAGGUGAGCAGCCAUUAAUUUAUCCUUUCCACUCAGGGUACCAUCUCUCUCUCUCUCUCUCUCUCUCUCUCUCUCUCUCUCUCUCUCCAAAAUAAGCUGACUUACGUGAGUCCUACCAUGUGAGCGAGGAUUUGCAGAUGACUACUUUCUAACCCGGUUACCGGUGGUCUACAUGCGGCUCGCCCAGGCCGGAGUCAGGCUGGCUUUCGCACUGAACAACGUCCUCUGGGAUGCGGACGAAGAUUAG